AGGAAACUGGUGACUCCAUUACCAUUUUCCCUGUGUCUCCAGAAGGACCAAAACGACGCGUACGAAUCUCCAUGUCCGUUGAUUACUUAUCCGAUCCAUAAAUUAGCUACUUUCUACUCCUGGAUUUCAAUCAAUCCGGUGCCACCAUGAUGUCAUCACUAUGUUCCCACACUCUCUCGUGUUCACCAUCUCCCAAUUAUUGGCAUUGGGUUUUGAAGCCUCCAAGGAUGCCGUUUUCACUCCACCGAAGCUUACGUGUCACUGCUUCUCCCCCUACGUUUCUCAAUCAUAAAUGGAGAUCUGAAUGCUUUAGAAAUGGAGAUUCCUCGUAUUCUGAUGCUUCUAAGUCCGAGUUUGUUUAAGAUAAAUUGCAGGAAGAAUUUGCUGAGCCUGAAUUUGAUCAUUCAACUGUUUUGAGAAAUGACACGGUUUCAAGUCUUCAAAAGGGUACGCAUGCACUAUUUUAGCUCUGGAUCUUGGACAGUACCAUGGACGGGAAAUGGGGAAAGACCAUUCUGCAGUUCUCUGCAUAUCUUAAUAUUAGCAGCCAUGGAAACUUCCCAGCCUCUUUCAAUUGAAAGUUUUUCAUACAGUUGGUUAGUAAACUUGAAGCCAUCUUUAGAAAGCCUUGACAACUCCUUUAGGGCCUCACUUGAUGCAUGUGAUGAAGCUUCUUUCAUUGAGAUGGACCCAAGAAUGCCACCAUCUAAGAGAUUCAUCAGAAAUUCCCAGGAAUUCAAGUUUGAUUUCCCUAGCUCACAAACUCCUCUUGCUCUUGUUCAUGCUGAUGAGCUGUUUUCCAAUGGUUAUGUAAUGCCUCUCUUUGUUGAUCAAUUGAAGAUGGAGGCAUAUGAGGCCUCGGAUUCAUCUCUAACCUUGCCUUCUACCUCUUCACAUGCAUCAAAACUUGUGGUUCCGGCUUGUAAGAGAAGAUGUUCGUCCUUGAGAAGGUGUCGAAAAGUAUCAAAGAGAAUUUUUCAGAAAUAUUUGGAUUUUCUUAGGCCAUUGUAUCAAAGAAUAAGUGGGCACAGAUCAAGUUCUAGAGCUGAAACUGUUGAUACAAGAGUUCAUGGAAUGAACACCUGGGUAUAUUCUGCAGAAACAACUCCACGAGCAAGCGUCGCUUACUCUGCCGAUGAUUGGCGCAAAUCUUGUGACUCUGAAAGCUCCAUUUACGAGGCAGUUCUCCAUUGUAAAAGAUCUAUUGGAAAAUAAUUUGAAGCUUGCUGUUCAACAAAAGUAAAGGAAC